AUGUAUCAGUAAUAAGCAAAUUAACAAAUUCCAGUUCAAUAGUAAAGGGAUUAUAAUAUUCCUCCUUCAGGUAUUAUGAGAAACUAUUUAUUUUUUAGGUUACAAAGCACCAAGAUAUCCUAGAGAAGAGUUGCCUGAGAAUUAAGAAUAGAAUUUAGAUUUAGGUGGUUCCUAUUAAAGUUAUCUAUAUAAUUGUGGGGAAUGUUGUGGUAAUUGUAAGGCAGUUUGUCCAUGUAAUCCAUUUGUUGAUUAUCCUUAUAUUUAAGUAGAGUAGAGUUUUGUUGGAGUGUAUUCACGUUUUGGAAAGUAUAUAAAGACAGGUAUAAACAUUAUAAUAAUAAGUGUAACCUGGAUUGAUAUACAUGAAUCCUUGUACUGAUACAAUUUAGAAAGUAGAUUGUAAAGUUUAGAUGAUCGAUUGUCCAAGAUAAUAAGUUAUGACAAAAGAUAAUAUUUUAGUUAGCAUUGAUGCAACAGUUUAUUAUAGAAUAGUUAUUCCCAGGAGAUCGAUCUUUUACAUAAAUGAUUUACAUUAAGCAGUGACAUAAUUGACAUUGGCCACAAUAAAAAGUAUAGCAGGUUCCCAGACUUUACAAGAUCUCUUGGAGAAAAGAGCAGAAGUACAAUAAUAAAUAGAGGGUUUUGUGGAUGAACAUGUAUGGGAAUGGGGAAUAGAUGUUGAAAAUAUGUUAAUUAAGGAUAUUUAAUUAAAUGCUGAUUUAUAGAAUACUUUAUCAAUGGCAGCCAAAGAAUAAAGAGCUGCUUAAGCUAAAGUGAUAUCAGCUUAAGGAGAUGUGUAAUCAGCCAAAUUGAUGAGGUAAGCAGCUGAAUUAUUAGAUUCAAAAGCAGCUAUGCAAAUUAGAUAUUUAGAUACUAUAACAAUUUUAGGAUAACAAGGAUCAACCAAGGUAGUAUUACUUCCAACAGAAUCUAAAUGA